CUCUGACUUCUUCAGUGAGAGUUGAACUCACCAAGUCACAAGUCUCACAACUGUUCACGCGCAUGGAGUCCGUCUGAUGUAACAGAGAAGGAGGAUGUCGCCCAAACGCCACACAAACCAGUCAAACUUGGGACUUUUUGUCGCUUUUUUCGGAGGUUAUGGAAAACCAGGCUCUACUAUCAGCAGCAGGGCGACACCGCGCCGCAUAUAGCCCCCCUGUUUGACACACAGAACAGCUUUCUAAAACUUUUUUUUUCGGUUUCACGGGGAAUAUUUCGUCACGGUCCACAACCAAGACACUCGUUUGACCCCGGCUUUUUUUUUUGUCGGAACCCAUGACCGUUAAAGAGGAGCAGAAGCUCUUCCUCCGACCAGGAGCGCUCGGAGCCUCGUCUCCUCUCCCCCAGCGGCCGCUUCGCCCUCCAGCCACCGGCAUGACCCUCGGGACGGUGUCCGGCUCCUCGGCGGUCAGCUUCUGCUCCUGCUGCGGGGCCAAGAUGGUGCCCUACUUCAACGACGACGCGGUGGGGUCCAAGAAUCACAUCAACCAGCUCAUCAGUGAGAGUUUCCUCACAGUGAAAGGUGCCGCCCUCUUCCUCCCCAGGGGGAAGAGCCCCACGUCCAACACUGCGCCUCUCCUCAGCCAGCGCAGGAACAAGCAUACGGGCGACCUCCAGAAACACCUUCAGACCAUGUUCACCGUGCUGCGGCCUGAGGACACCAUCCGCCUGGCUGUGCGUCUGGAGAGCGCCUACCCUCAGGUGACCCGUUACAUGGUGGUGGUCUCCACCAACGGCAGGCAGGAUACAGAGGAGAGCAUCGUGCUCGGCGUAGACUUCGUCUCCUCCGAUAGCUGCUGCACUGUGGGGCUGGUUUUACCGCUCUGGAGCGACACUUUGAUCCACUUGGACGGAGACGGAGGCUUCAGCGUGUCGACGGUGAACAGGGUUCACGUCUUCAAGCCGGUGUCUGUCCAAGCCAUGUGGUCGGCCCUGCAGUCGCUGCACAAGGCGUGCGAGGUGGCGCGCUGCCACAAUUAUUACCCUGGGAGCCUGUUCCUGACCUGGGUCAGCUACUACCAGAGCAGGGUCUCCUCCAGCCAAUUCUGCGUCAACGAAUGGAACGCCAUGCAGGACGUGGAGUCGCACCGUGCCAACUCGCCCAUCCUCUUCACAGACCUGCCGACAGAGAGGGAACGCACCGAGAGGCUGAUCAAGAUGCGCCUCAGGGAAAUCAUGAUGCAGAAGGACCUGGAGAAUGUCACCAGCAAAGAGAUCCGAACAGAGCUGGAGAUUCAGAUGGUUUGUAACCUGAGGGAGUUUAAGGAGUUCAUAGACAACGAGAUGAUCGUCAUCCUGGGACAGAUGGACAGUCCAACAGAAAUCUUUGAUCACGUCUUUCUGGGUUCUGAGUGGAACGCCUCCAACCUGGAGGAGCUGCAGAACAGCGGAGUGCGCUACAUCCUGAAUGUGACCCGAGAAAUCGACAACUUCUUCCCAGGGAUGUUUGAAUACCACAACAUCAGAGUUUACGACGAGGAGGCCACCAACCUGCUGGAGUACUGGAACGACACCUACAAGUUCAUCACCAAAGCCAAGAAAGCCGGAGCCAAGUGUCUGGUUCACUGUAAGAUGGGCGUGAGCCGCUCCGCCUCCACGGUGAUCGCCUACGCUAUGAAGGAGUACGGCUGGGACCUGGACACCGCCUUCGAUUACGUGAAGGAGAGGCGCACUGUCACCAAGCCCAACCCGUCCUUCAUGAAGCAGCUGGAGGAGUAUCAGGGAAUCCUUCUGGCCAGCAAACAGAGACACAACAAGCUGUGGCGCUCCCACUCUGACAGCGAGCUCUCGGAUCGCCCCGCCUCCACCUGCAAGCCGUCGUCUCCCACGCUGGGCCGCUCCGACUCUCACAACAACAACACCACCUCCUCCCCCUCCUUGCAUCACUUCCUGGGCGUGGCCGUCCUGCAGGCUCUCAGUGCCGAGCCCCAGAGCCCUGCCCCCGCCCAAACGCCCGACUCGCCCGACUCGCUGUGCUCCAGUCUCGACACGCUGCCCAACGGCGACGGAGAGUCGGCGCCGCUGGAGGAGGCGGGGCCUGGGCUUCCUCUCCCCAGACCGCGAGCUGCUACAGUCAUACCAGAGGAGAGGCCGGGCGCCUGGGCCAGCGUGGCUGUUACCGUGCCAGUGGCUCUGCCCCACCCUCCGCCUUCAUUCCACAUCUUACCCCCAACCCCUGAACCGCGGCGGCACCGCCGCCCUCCUCCCAUACGUCUGACGCUUCCAGAAAACUACACGGCAGCCGAGCUGCCGCUCAGCAGCUCAGAGGAAACCUCUCCUGUCACUCUGGGCUCCAGUGACUCCGACCUGCUCGAUAAAUCCCCAUCUGACUCUACGAGCGACAGGCGGAGCGCACCAACGCCCCCGCCGCUCGUCCUCGACUUCACUCCUAAAGACGACAACAACAACCCAAGCGAGCCGCAGGCAGGAGGCCCCUCGGACGGCCGCAGCGAGGCAGACGGCUCGUCCAACCACAGCACGGACAGCAUCGACUUCUUCAGCGCCAGGGAGAAGUUUCUGGGCCUGGUUCAGGAAGGCCCGACGAGGAGCCAAUCAGAGCAGCCGCAGCAGAGACCGCCGCUGUCGCCUGAGGGAGACGAUGAAGAGGAGCGAGAGAACGGAACCAGUCAGGAGAACUGUGACCAAACUCUCCAUGACGACGGAGUGUCCGUCCGCCACAUCGUCAUUGAGAUUGAAGCCAUAUCACACUCAGCCAUUACUCCCUCCAGUCCCUCACCAUCAUCAUCGCCGUCUUCGUCCUCCCGCAUCGUCCUCGGUGAACGGCAGGAUGAAUCUCCCCCCACGUCUCCCUGCGGGCGGGAAGGUUCGGUCCGCCGGGCCACCGAGCAGCUGGAGCAGAAGCUGGCUCGCCGUUCACCCCCCCCACCCUCGCUCACUCAACGACAGAGCGUGGCCGUCUCUAAGGAAGCCAGAGACGCCGACGAGCCCGAAGGCUCUGAAAGCCCAGAGCGGCUGACCGACCUCGAACGAGUUCCCGAUGCUAAACGUGACGCUGCAGACACGCGGACGUCUUCGCAUACCGCCGCCGCUCAGUCAGCAGAAUCAUCUCUAGAUACCUCAGCCCAGCCGCACAGCCAAAAGCUUCCAGCCGCUUUGAAUCUGGACGGAGCGACGUUGGAGGACUCUGAAACGGACCGCUGUCCUCCAGGCGCGGCGGCGGCCUGCGGGCCCGGCUGUGAAGCCCGCAGCAGGCUGGCGCGCAGCAGCCAGGAGCUGGAGCGCAUCCAGCAGACGCUGCGGGAGCUGCAGGCUUUUCUGCAGGACGGCGUCGGAGCUGCGCCGCCUCAGAGACCAACCGACCCCAUGGACACAGAGUCGGGACAUCAUCCGGGCCCGGAGGCCGGGCCAAAAAAGGAGAGGAGGGGUCAGUUGGAGGCAGCGGGGUGGCACCGAGCCGUGGAGCUGGAGGCGCGUAUGCGGCAGGCGGGCCUCACCCCCCCUUCCCUCAUGAAGAGAUCCGCAUCUCUGGCUAAACUGGACUCGCUGGAGCUGUCCGCCAACGACCUCUGCGACCUGGACCUGAGGCCGCCCACCUCAUCAUCCUCAGAGUCUUCCUCUUUGGGACCGUCUCACGCAGACGACUCCUGGAAGAAGCAGAAAGUUCUCUCUCUAUACUCUUGUGAAAAAACUCAUCUGGCCGCCGAUGAGGCGUCUCCGGCCCAGUCCCCCCCCUCCUCUACAGAAGACUGUAGCGGCGGCGCCGGAGCCUCGGCGCCGUCACAGCAGGGCAGGGGACACUCGUCCAGACGUCCUCGCAGAGCCUCAGCAGAGAGAAAACGAGCCAUGGCCUUGCUUUACAACACCAUGUGACCUCAGCGGAGCGGAAGCGACUGGAAGAGGCUGCGUGGUGCGUGAAUGAGGAGCCGCGUGAGUGAGUGUGAGUGAAGACGAUAAACCACUGGAUGUUUCCACUGGAGUUCAGUAAUAUUAUAUGAAUGUGUGAACCGACUCUGAAGCAGUGCAAACUCUGCGCUCCGUUACGUUCGGUUUCUCUUUUUAACGAGUCGAGCUCCUGAAACUGAAACCAGAGCGCCUUUUUUUUGUCUGUUUUUUCACAACAUGCACUUUACCAUGUAGAUGAUUUUUGUUUGUCUUUUAUUUUAAAUCCGUUUCUUACGCUGGGAAAGCUUGUUUUGCACUCUUCUCAGUAGACUCGUCUCUGUGGAUUUGGACUUGUCUUUUCUCAGAUUUUUAAUUAAACCAGGACAAAGCUGAAAUGUCGUCAUUAUUGUUUGUUUUUCUUCUUUUUUAUAUAAAUCAGCGCUUCAGCUGUAAAUAAAAAUGGGAAGUAUGUUUCA